GAUGCACCGCUUUUUUUUUACGAGACGGUGUCGGGACUGCGAGUUUGCACAACUUUUCUGGUCCGCAGAAUAAAAAAAAGACAGGAAGCAGACAAACUAAAACGGAUAUUACAAUCCCUACCCGUUUUGGGAGCAAGACUCAUCGCGCGCGCUCGCCGCUCCGUUCAGUAAAUGAGUGUGGCACGAGGACACACCACCGCUUUUCCACUCAAGUGACUUAAAAAGUUUCUCUCGGGCGGCUUGCGUUGAGAAAUUCAGGCUUUUCUGGGUCCCUGGGCCGCCUGGAAAAAAUGUGGACGCGGACAGGAGCGCGAACGUGUUGUGUUUUUAUCCUCUUGGUGCUCGGGUCGCAUCUCAUUAACGUGGCGGAGAGCUCGAAGGUAUGGGACGAGGUGCCGUUUCCGAGUGAUCUCGAGGCGGCCAGCGUGCCAAGGCAUCGGCGCUACCUUGAAGAUGAUGAAGACUUCGCCAAUGAUGAGGCUUCAGGAUAUCCAAUCAGCGGAGAAGAGGACGGAAGUACUCCAGAGCCACCGGUGGCUGACUUGACUACAAUUUACUAUCGUGCUCUGGUCAACUUCACGGACUCUUUCACAUACGGGCCUGAGCUUGACGACAUCGAAUCCGCCACCUUCCAAGAAAUCUCUGCUGCCAUUGUUGACACACUUGAAUCUGAGUACUUCAGGAUACCAGGAACCCAGAUGGUCAAUGUGGUGCUCAUCAAGCAAAUCGGUAAGGACGUGUUCGUGGAACUGGACGUGGGUUCUGAGGACAACUCGAACGAAUCCCAGAUCCGAGGUGUGCUUUUCUCGGUGGUCAGCGAUGGAUCCAUUGCAUCCUACGUGACCUCCGUCAGGGGCUUCGAGUUUAGACGCCUGGGAGAACCUGAUACGACCGUCCAUGUGGAACCUCUAGCUUCUCCAGUGAAGCCCAGUCCACCUGUGCCCUGUUCCAGCGACGAGUUCAGCUGUAGAACCGGAGUGUGUAUCCCUCUGAGUUUUGUCUGUGACAACAGACCCGACUGUCUGGACAUGAGCGAUGAGAUUAAUUGCACUGUUCCUGCUACUCCUCCACCCAUUCCAAUACCACGCACCACGGCAGAGAUCAAAACCCCCCCGCGUCCCGGGCCGUGCCGCGCCGAUCAGUUUACCUGUCAGAACGGACAGUGCGUCUCCCAAGACUACGUGUGUGAUGGAGACCCCGACUGCAGCGACGGAAGUGAUGAGCAGAAGUGCGGAACUCCUUCACCCUGCGAACCCAACGAGUUUAAGUGCCGUAACGGGCGCUGCGCUCUCAAACUGUGGCGCUGCGACGGAGAUAACGAUUGCCAUGACAACUCUGACGAGAUCGACUGUCCUGCUAAAAAGCCUGGGGAUGUGUGCGCUCCGGAGCAGUUCAGGUGUCUGAGUGACCAGACCUGCAUUCCUGCCAGCUACCAGUGUGACGAGGAGCCUGACUGUCCUGACCGCUCUGAUGAGUACGCCUGUGCUGCUCCAGUUGUGACCAGUCCACCAGAACAGUCCAUUACAGCAUCACGAGGUCAGACAGUGACCUUUACCUGCACCGCUAUGGGCAUGCCCAUUCCUAUCAUUACCUGGAGGCUUAACUGGGGGCACAUUCCAUCAAGUAACAGGAUUACGAUGACCAGCGAGAACGGCCAUGGGACACUGACAGUCCGUGAUGUGAAGGAAGGAGACCAGGGCGCGUACACGUGUGAAGCCAUAAAUGCUAAAGGCUUGGUGUUCGCCAUUCCAGAUGGAGUGUUAACCCUGUCUCGAGUCCCCAGUAACUGUCCCGAAGGACACUUUAACGUCGGCGGUCGCUGCGUGCCCUGCUUCUGCGCCGGCAUCACCAAGAACUGCCAAAGCACCGGACGCUACCGCAGUCAGAUCUCACUUCGCUUCACAGAGGAGGAAAACUUUAAAGGAGCCAACGUGUCGUUCCCGUCUCGGCCAGGCACUCCUCCGCCCCUGUCCUCCACUCAGAUGAUAGUGAAUCCAGAUGUGGGGGAGUUCCAGCUGGUGGAUUUGUCUCGCCGUUUCUUGGACCUGGAAUCCUACUGGACUCUUCCACGCCAGUUCCUGGGCAGCAAGGUGGACUCUUACGGAGGAUAUUUGAGAUAUCAGGUGAGCUACUUGCUGCAGAGGGACGGCUCCGAGCCAGUGGACAAGCCUGACGUGGUGCUGAGGGGUAACGGCAACAGACUACUUUACCGCCGCGGCUCCCCCACAAUCCCCAAUGUUAAAAAUCAGAGAGAGAUCAAAUUCACUGAGGAAAACUGGCAACACUCGUCUGGGCAACCGGUGAGUCGCACGGAUCUCCUGAUGACCCUGGCUAACCUGGAAAGCAUCAGCAUCCGCACCAUCUACAACAACCGCAUGGCCAGCGUGGGUCUGAGUGACAUCGUCAUGGAUACCACCACCGCAGCGUUCAGCCUAGAUGGCCAGCCUAGAGAUGUGGAGGAGUGCAGGUGUCCGCCGGGUUACUCCGGCCUGUCCUGUGAGUCAUGUACUUCCGGGUUUGAGCGGGUACCUGGGAGUCCUUACCUGGGCACAUGUGCUGGCUGUAAUUGCCACAACCACGCCAGUGCCUGUGACCCUGUCAGUGGACACUGCCUGAGUUGUCAGCACAAUACAGAGGGUCCACAGUGUGAUAAAUGCCGGCCCGGCUACUUCGGUGAUCCCAGUCGGGGUCGACCGGAUGACUGUAAGCCUUGUCCUUGUCCUUACACAGAGACUUCUCGCAGGUUUUCAGACACUUGCUUCCUGGAUGUGGACAGUCAGGCCACAUGCGACGCUUGCGCACCCGGCUACACGGGACGCCGCUGUGAGAAGUGUGCAUCCGGAUAUGUUGGAAAUCCUCUUCAGCCCAGUGGCAAAUGCAUUCCAUACAGCGAAGAUUAUACACGAUGUGACAACAAAGGAACGAUCAGUUCCAGCAGCAGACCAUGCAACUGCAAGGCCAAUGUGGCUGGAGCUUUGUGCGACGAGUGCAAGCCAGGAACAUUCCAUCUUUCUGCUGGAAAUCCAGAAGGCUGUUUGCAGUGUUUCUGCAUGGGAGUGACCAAGGAAUGUGCCAGCUCUACCUGGACCAGAGAUCAGGUAAGAGGUGGCGUCAACGGGCAGCUGUUUUCUCUCCUCAACGAAGGCAGCACUCGCACCAUCACAGAGGAUAUAACCCAAAGGGGCGGCUCUGAGAUCGUCUAUCGCUUGUUCGCCAACAUCCCCAACGACAUCUACUACUGGGUGCUGCCCGAGAGCUUCCGGGGAGACAAGGUGACGGCGUACGGAGGAGAGCUGCGGUACAGGGUGCGUUAUGAGACACACGGACGCUCUGUGGUGAUCGAAAACAAACCUGAUGUGGUUCUCCAGGGUAACAGCAUCUUCCUGGAGCACUACACGCAGACCAAGACGCUGCCCCGAGUCCCUACCACCGUCGUCGUUCCCUUCCGGGAGUCUGCGUGGAGGAGAGCUGACGGACAGCCGUGCACUAGAGAGCACCUCCUGAUGGCCCUGGCUGAUGUCUCCGUCUUCAUGAUCAGAGCCACUUACGCAGACAACAUGGCCGAGAGCAGUGUUGGUGACAUCCAGAUGGAUAUCGCGGUGCCACAUUCCAGCGGGAACGAACGGGCUCUUGAAGUGGAGGAGUGCGCUUGUCCUCAAGGCUACAGAGGGCCGUCCUGCCAGGAUUGUGAUGUGGGAUACACACGCACGGGAUCGGGACUCUACCUUGGCACCUGUGAGAAGUGCGAGUGCCAUGGACACGCUAGCAGCUGUGACUCAGAGACGGGCGCAUGCUUGCAAUGCCAGCACAACACAGCUGGACCCAGAUGUGAAAGAUGUCAAGUUAGUUUCUAUGGUGAUCCAGUGACUGGCGGUAUACACGCGUGUAGGCCGUGCCCUUGUUUUGGACCCACAUCUGGAAGCAGCGAGACGAAAUCUUGCUACUUGGACAGAGAUGGACAGCCUACUUGCAACUGCCCUGUUGGUUAUACUGGAAGGCGUUGUGAGGGAUGUUCACCUGGAUACACUGGUAAUCCCGAACGUGGACAGUUUUGCACUCCAGAAAGUGGGAGAUGCCAAAACUGUGACCAGCGUGGAAGCGAAGGCUGCAGUUCAGACGGGAACUGUCGCUGCAAGAUGAACGUAGAGGGUCCUUCAUGCUCCAUCUGCAAGCCUGGCACCUUCAACCUCAGCCCUGCCAACAAAGAUGGCUGCAUGCCGUGCUUCUGCAUGGGAGUCACUCAGAAGUGCUUCAGUUCGUCCUUGUACAGAGACUGGAUCACCACCGUGUUUGCCCCUGGAAAUGCCCAAGGCUUCGCUCUCGUGAACCGGCAACGCACCAACCGUAUCAGCAACGGCUUCUCGGUCGAGUUGUCCACAGACGGAACACAGCUCUCGUUCACAAACUUCGAACACCACAGCCAGGAGCCUCACUUCUGGCAGCUGCCAUCUAGCUACCAGGGAGAUAAGGUUCAAGCCUACGGAGGAAAGCUCAAAUACACCAUCUCGUACGUUCCUGGGCCGAGAGGUGCUCCGAUAGAGGAUGUCGACAUCCAGAUCAUUGGCAAUGACAUCACUCUAGUGGCUCGACGGGAUUGGAGGCGGGGGCAGGGGACGAGAGAGACCCGUCAGUUUGAGUUUGUCUUCCGAGAGGAGUACUGGCAGCGUCCUGAUGGCAUGCCCGCCACUCGGGAACACCUGCUGAUGGUUCUGGCUGACCUGGAUGACAUCCUGAUCCGAGCCUCUUACCACACGGUCAUGCGCUCGUCCAGCAUCUCAGGGGUCAGCAUGGAGACCGCCGUGGCGUACUUUACCGGCCUGGAAAGAGCUGUGGAUGUGGAGCAGUGCUAUUGCCCACCUGGGUAUCGGGGCUUGUCCUGUCAGGACUGUGCUCUGGGCUACACACGCACAGGUGGAGGACUCUACCUCGGCCACUGUGAGCUGUGUGAAUGUAAUGGCCAUUCUGACUCCUGUCACCCAGAGACCGGCAUCUGCACGAGCUGCCAGCACAACACCAUGGGUGAGCUGUGUGAGCAGUGUGCUGCCGGUUUCUUUGGAGACGCGUCCGCCGGCACCCCAGAAGACUGUCAGCCCUGCGCCUGUCCCCAUACUGACCCUGACAACCAAUUCUCGCCCACUUGUGAGAGUCUGGGUAACGGAGACUACCAGUGUACAGCCUGUCAGCCGGGCUACACGGGCCAGUACUGCGAGCGCUGUGCACCCGGAUAUGUUGGAAAUCCACAACAGAGGGAAAAAUGCCGGCCUUAUAGCGCUGCCUCUCUGGUGGUGAAGGUGUACCCUGAAAGGGUGCAGGUGUCUCAGGGCAGCUCGGUCACCCUCAGGUGCCAGGCAUCUGGACCUCCACCGCACUAUUUCUACUGGACACGUGACGACGGCCGUCCCAUCUCCAGCUCAGCCGACAGACGCAGACAAGGAGAAGAGUUGCAUUUCUCCACCGUUCUGCCUUCCGACGCUGGCGUAUACACAUGCACCUGCCGUAACCAGCUCAACACCAACCGCAGCAGGGCUGAGAUCAUCGUAACAACUUCUCCAUCCAAACCUAUCGAGGUGUUCAUCGAGGAGCCGAAACGCCAGCGUGUCAACCCCGGAGCUACAGCGAACUUCAUCUGCACAGCCAAGAGCCAAUUCAAAGCGUACACGCUUGUGUGGACGCGUCGGGGCAACGGCAAACUCCCCGACCGUGCUAUGGACUUCAAUGGCAUCCUCACGAUCCAGAACGUUCGCCCCGAAGACGCCGGGGAAUACGUGUGCACCGGCUCCAACAUGGAGGCCGUGGACGAGGGCACCGCCCACCUUCUUGUCCAAGACGGAACUAAGGCUGAGAUGUUUUACACAGCCUAUGAAAUGUUUGAAGGACAUAGACAGCCUGGUGAAGUAAUGAAGCCCAAAGUCACAAUCCUCCCAACGGUCCUGAAAGUCCAACAGGGCCAACGUGCUGAGUUCCGCUGCACCGCCAUCGGCAGCCCAGCACCUUCAAUUGAGUGGACAGGAGGUCCGGGUAACCGUAUCAGCAGCAGAGCAAUCAUCCAAGGUGGAGUUCUCACCUUCCCCUCUGUGCAGCGCUCUGACGAGGGCGAAUACACCUGCAGAGCUGUCAACACACAGGGAGAACAUACAGCCCGGGCGGUCCUCUACGUCUACAGUUCAUCUGCUGGUGAGGUGGUGAAGCCCACAGUCACGAUUCACCCAUCGGUACUCAGAGCCCAAGAGGGCACACGGGUUGAGUUCCGCUGCACCGCCACUGGCAACCCUGCUCCUUCUAUAGAAUGGACAGGAGGCCCAGGAAACCGUAUCAGUGGAAGUGCCGUUAUCAGAGGUGGAGUUCUCACCUUGCCCCCUGUGCAGCGCUCUGACGAGGGCGAAUACACCUGCAGAGCCGUCAACACACAGGGAGAACAUACAGCCCGGGCGUUCCUCUACGUCUACAGUUCACCUGCUGGUGAGGUGGUGAAGCCCACAGUCACGAUUCACCAAUCAGUACUCAGAGCCCAAGAGGGCACACGGGUUGAGUUCCGCUGCACCGCCACUGGCAACCCUGCUCCUUCUAUAGAAUGGACAGGAGGCCCAGGAAACCGUAUCAGUGGAAGUGCCGUUAUCAGAGGUGGAGUUCUCACCUUCCCCUCUGUGCAGCGCUCUGACGAGGGCGAAUACACCUGCAGAGCCGUCAACACACAGGGAGAACAUACAGCCCGGGCGGUCCUCUACGUCUACAGUUCACCUGCUGGUGAGGUGGUGAAGCCCACAGUCACGAUUAACCAAUCAGUACUCAGAGCCCAAGAGGGCACACGGGUUGAGUUCCGCUGCACCGCCACUGGCAACCCUGCUCCUUCUAUAGAAUGGACAGGAGACCCAGGAAACCGUAUCAGUGGAAGUGCCGUUAUCAGAGGUGGAGUUCUCACCUUCCCCUCUGUGCAGCGCUCUAACGAGGGUGAAUACACCUGCAGAGCCGUCAACACACAGGGAGAACAUACAGCCCGGGCGGUCCUCUACGUCUACAGUUCACCUGCUGGUGAAGUGGUAAAGCCCACGGUCACGAUUCACCCAUCGGUACUCAGAGCCCAAGAGGGCACACGGGUUGAGUUCCGCUGCACCGCCACUGGCAACCCUGCUCCUUCUAUAGAAUGGACAGGAGGCCCAGGAAACCGUAUCAGUGGAAGUGCCGUUAUCAGAGGUGGAGUUCUCACCUUCCCCUCUGUGAAGCGCUCUGACGAGGGCGAAUACACCUGCAGAGCCGUCAACAUACACGGAGAACAUACAGCCCGGGCGGUCCUCUCCCUCCAAAGUGCCAGUCUACCCCACGUGCAGGUCAGCCCCCAGCGAGUAGAAAUUCAUGAGGAUGAGACUUUACGCCUCUACUGCAGAGCUGGAGGCUCGCCUAGCCCGGUUCUGACUUGGAAGAAGAGAGGUGGAAGCCUCCCUCCUCAGGCCAUUCCCUCGCACGGUUUCCAUCAAUUUAAAUCCAACAAUCUCGAUGCGUUGCAGAGACGUAUUGACGAGAUGCAGGCUCGAAUGGAUCGCACUGACUACGGCACCCUGAUCAUCCCAGACAUGAAGAUCUCAGACGCCGGCACGUACCUGUGUAUCGGCACGAACGCCGUCGGCUCCUCCGAGGAAGUCAUCGACGUCACCGUGAUAAAAAGUGAGACCGUUCAUUCUGAUAUCACCAUCCAAAGCACAACUAGCACCGUGGUGCAAGGAGAGACACUAGAACUGAACUGCGUCGUCCAAGGAAACCCUCCGCCUCCUGUCAUAUGGAGCAGACCCAAUGGUUUAGGCCUAUCCUCGAACCACCAGGUUAUCGGAUCGAAGCUGCGCAUUGUUCAGGCGUCUCCAGACGACACUGGAGAGUACAUCUGCGGGGUGUACGGAGGCCCGAGCACUCGCCAAGCAACCGUCUACGUCUCCGUUACGACCGAGGCAGUCCGUCACCAGAGCCCAAUUAUCUCCAUCGAGCCCCACAGCGUAAUAGUGAAGAAGGGCGAGUCGGCCAGCUUCAAGUGCCGAUUACACACCGGAGCCCAGCCUGUCCACCUUGAAUGGAAACUCUCUAAUAACGAGCCUUUACAUGGUAACGUGAAGGUAAGUGAAGACGGUGCAGUUCUCACCAUUUCCAGUGCACAGCCAGGAAACCAGGGAGCAUACCGCUGUGUGGCCAGAAACCUAUACGGAAUCACACACAGCAUCGCGUCUCUGAUUGUCAGAGAACUCCCCAAAGCCACGGUGACACCCUCAGGACCAGUCAGAGUGAACGUGGGUGAACCUAUUAACCUGGAAUGCCAGGCAGCUGGAGAACCACGUCCUUCUGUCACCUGGCACAGGCUGGAUAACAAUCGCAGGACCAUAAUGAGCAGCCCUGUGCCCAUGGAGUCUAACGCUCUCAUGCAGAUUUUGGUUGCACGGCCUGAGGACAGUGGCACAUACAUAUGCACAGCUCAGAACAGCCAGGGCAAAUCAGAGACCCGGGUAGAGGUGACUGUCCACGGUGGAGCCAAGGUGCCGACUGCGCCCCUUGCCUUCGUCCAAGAGCCCCUGCUGGUUGUAGUAGAGGGGGCAACUACAGUUCUACACUGUGAUGCCCACGGAUUCCCAAAACCCACGAUCACCUGGUCGAAGCUCCGUGCACCUCUUCCGUGGGGACAUAAGAUAGUCAAUAACAGUCUGGUGUUGCCCAGUGUGGGACGACAGGACUCUGGGCAGUACAUCUGCAACGCCACUAACAACCUGGGCACCAGCGAAGUCACCAUCAUGGUGGAUGUAGAAACACCGCCAUACACCACUACUGUGCCUGAUGACGUGGCGGUGCGAGUCGGUGAGGUCAUCAGACUGCAGUGUCUGGCACACGGAACACCACCGAUGCGUUUCGAAUGGAGCAAAGUGGACGGCAGGCUGCCCGCUCAGGCUUCUGUGCAGGGAGGAGACCUACAGAUCAACCUGGCUUCCUCAAACGAUGCGGGAACCUACAAGUGUGUAGCCAUCAAUAAAGUGGGCAGGAGCGAGGCUGUAGCUAAAGUGUCUGUACGAUCAUCGUUGUCGGUCCGAGUCUCACCCCAGGUGGAAGUGAAGGCUUUGGGAAGUGCGGUGGAAUUCACAUGCUCAGCCAGCGGAGGACCAGAGAUCACUCUGGAGUGGCUGAAGGAGGGAGGACCACUUCCACACAAUCAUCACAUUAAAGAUGGAGUUCUGAGGAUUGAAAACUUGGAAAAGAGCAAUGAGGGAAUGUACAUCUGCAGAGCAACCACACUGUUUGGCCAGGCGCAGGAUACCGCUAAACUCACCAUUCAAGCAUUGCCCAAGGUGAUGAUUAACGUGCGCACGUCGGUGCAGACGGUCACCGUGGGCACCUCGGUGGAGUUCGAGUGCCACGCCGAGGGCGACCCUGUUCCAACCGUGCGCUGGAGUAAAGUAGGAGCUCCGCUGCCUGAUCAUGUGCAGGUGAAAGGUCCCAUGCUGAGGAUCGAGCGCGUAACUGAGGUUGAUGCCGGCCAGUACCGCUGCACUGCAACCAACAACGUCGGCUCCGUUCAGUCCCAAGUGGUCCUUAAAAUCCAGUCUUUGCCCCAGAUUGCUGCUCAGCCUGAUACAAAGGAAGUGGCCGUUGGCUCGACUGCGAUUUUCCCCUGUAUUGCCACUGGAUACCCCAUUCCAAACAUCACAUGGUCAAAGCUGGAGAACGAACUACCACCAAAGUGUACCCAGGAUGCCCAUGUGCUCACUGUCCCAGACGUCACCCAUGAGGAUUCUGGCACGUAUGUGUGUACGGCGUCAAACAAGCAGGGCAAAGUGCAGGCCUUUACCAAACUCGACGUGCAUGAGCGUGUGAUGCCAUAUUUCAGUCAGGAGCCUCUGUCCUACCUCAAGCUUCCUACCAUCAAAAACUCCUAUAAAGCAUUUAAGAUUAAUAUCACAUUUAAACCAGACAACGUGGACGGUCUCGUAUUGUAUUCCGGGAUGAUCCUGUAUAACGGGCAGAAGAAGACCAUGGGGGCUGAUUUCAUCUCUCUCGGGCUCGUGGGUGGUCGCCCUGAGUUCAGGUUUGAUGUGGGCUCCGGCAUGGCCACCAUCCGCUACCCCACUGCCAUUAAGCUCGGUGAGUUCCAUACAGUCCAGCUUUACCGUAACGGCACACAAGGGUCCAUCACAGUGGACGGUGAAGCUCCCAUCAACGGCACCUCUCAGGGCAAAUUUCAAGGGCUGGAUCUGAACGAGGAGCUGUUUGUAGGCGGCUAUCCGAACUACAGCAUGAUCGCCAGAACAGCGGAGCUCAACAGCGGCUUUGUUGGCUGCAUUAAACAGCUGAUUAUCCAAGGAGACGAAGUUAUUUUCAAGGAUCUGGACAGAAGUUCAAGCGGUGUGACUAACUGCCCCACCUGCAAGGAUUACCCCUGUCAGAAUGGCGGAGUGUGUAGGGACUCAAAAGCCAGUCUGUACAAGUGCAGCUGUCCGAGAGGCUUCACCGGAAGCAACUGCCAGCAUCUCUCAUCCGAACACUGCCAUCCAGAGGCUUGUGGCCCUGAUGCUACCUGUAUUAACCGGCCCAACGGUGUGGGCUACGACUGCCGCUGCCACCUCGGCAAAUACGGACACAAAUGCAUGGAGGGCACGCUGGUGACGACGCCGCUGUUCAACAGCGACGAGUCGUAUAUCGCGUACCCUCCUUUGACUAACAUCCAUAAUGACUUGCGCAUUGACAUGGAGUUCAAACCCAUGGACGAAGAUGGCAUGAUGUUCUUCAUCGGUGGGAAGAAGAUGAAGGUGGAAGACUUUGUUACUCUUUCACUUGUGGACGGAUAUGUGGAGUUUCGUUAUGAGCUCGGCACAGGCCAGGCCAUACUGCGCAGUCAGGAGCAGGUAUCUAUAGGACAAUGGCACCACGUGACAGCAGAGCGCAUCAACCAGGAUGGCCUUCUGAAGCUAGAUGAUGCACCCGAGGUCAGGAGGUCAUCUCCUGGGAAGGCCCAGGGCCUCAACGUCUACACACCCAUGUACCUGGGUGGUGUGCCCACGAAGGACAUCCUGGCCAAACCUGCCAAUGUCAGCAUGUUCUUUGAAGGCUGCGUCGGAGAGGUGUCAAUCAAUGGGAAGAAAAUCGAUCUGUCCUACACGUUCACAGAGAGCAGGGCCAUCAGUCAGUGUGUUGACGUGAGCCCAUGUGACCGCAGACCAUGUCAACACGGUGGCACCUGCAUGCCCACCGCUGAGUAUGAGUACCAGUGCCUUUGCAGGGACGGCUAUGAUGGAGAGCGCUGUGAGGUGGUGAAAGACACGUGUCUGUAUUCGUCUCAGUGCCAUAACGGAGGCAGCUGUGUGAACGGUCACUGUGUGUGUGCUGCAGGUCACUCAGGAGUCUUCUGCAAAGAAGGGCAGGAAGCCAGCGUCCCUGAGCCGCAGUGGAAUUUGGAGGGCAGCGGGGUGAACGAUUCCCCAAUACAAUACGCUGCAUAUUUCCAUGAUGACGGCUACCUCAGCCUCCCCAAACUCAUGUUUCCACGCAGUGCUCCUGAGACACCUGAGACCAUUGAGCUGGAGAUAAAGACUCUCUCUGCUGAUGGCCUCAUUCUGUGGCAGGGGGUGGAGUCCUUAGCUGCCUUGAUCCUGCACAAGUCACAUGCUCACGGCAAGGCAUCAGCUCUCCGUAAGCAGACACCCAAACAAGAAUUAAGAGAGCAAGGAAAGGGCAAAGAUUUUAUAAGUCUUGGCUUGCAAAAUGGACAGCUGGUGUUCAGUUACCAACUGGGCAGUGGGGAGGCAGAAAUCCUCUCAAAGGAACGCAUUAAUGAUGGACGCUGGCACAAAAUCACUGCAGUCAGGACAGGAAAGCAAGGCUACAUCCAGGUAGAUGACAGGACGGCUCAGCACGGACAGUCGCCCGGCAGGAGUGUCAUGGUAAACACAAAGGGCAGCAUCUAUCUGGGUGGAGCUCCAGACAUGGCCACUCUCACUGGUGGGAAGUUCUCCUCGGGCAUCACGGGCUGUGUGAGGAACCUGUCUCUGUUUAAUGCCCGGCCAGGAGAACAGCCGUCACGGCCAGUCGACCUGCAGCUCCACGCUGAGGACGGCAAAAACGUGCGGCGCUGCUCAUCGUAGGCAAAAAUGCCAAAACGCCACCUAGAGACUGAGAAACCUCUCAUACACAUACCGCAGGAGAGACAUGAAUCUCAGACAACUACAGGACUGCAGAUUGCAUUUCAUUUGCAUUUUAACCAACACACACACACACACACAAAAUACAAGAGACUUCUCACACACGUACCCACGGAUCGCAAAUGCAUUUCACCUCAGAUUUAACCUCCGUACACACACUUACAGUACAGAAGAGACGUACAGGGUUCUCUGAGACAGCCAAAGUGUUUUUGCUUUGUGUUUUAUCAUACACACUCACACACUGAUAAUAAUCUCUUGGUGCCUUACUGCUGCCAAAAAUCUUUUUUUUUUUCUUUCUUUUUUUACUCUGUGCUGCAUAAACCAAAAGAAAACACUACAUCUUUCACCAAGUGUUGUGUAAUGAAGGAUGAUUAACACGGGAUAUCAGUUUACAUAGUCCUGCAGUAGCUUUUUUUUAGCCAUGAUUAAAAAAAAUAGAGAGAGAAAGAGACAAUAUCUAAGAAACAAAUACAUGACAUGCCUUCACUGAUGGCUCAGAUCAUAUGUGGUCAGAAAAGAUGUUUUUACAGCACUGAAUUCUUAUUUAUAUGCAUAUGAAUAUAUGGAGCUAUAUUAAAUAUUUGUGUCAGGAACGAUGCUAAUUAACCCUAGCCUGUUUUUUUUUUUUUUUCUUUGAGUUGAUUCUAGGUCCUAAUAAUGUGUCUGAAGCUUGUGCGCUGAGCUGUGUUUAAUACUUGAAGACUCUGCAUCCUUUUUGUUUCCUCUCUGUUUUCUCUGGUUUAGAAACCCCUAGAAUGCAGGGACUGGGUUUAUAUACACUGGGAAGGUCCUAACUCCAAAUACACUCCACAUCUCAGGUGACGAUGAUGCAAAAGAUAAGAAAAGCUGCGAAUAUUGAAACGGAGCGAUCGUUUUAUUUGGGAGAUUUUUUCCCCGUGGUUAAUAUUUAAGAGAAACCAUCAACCUUCCAUACGUUAACCUCUAAAUUACUGGUGUAUAUGAAAAACCCAAUGGUGCUAAACAUACUGCAAGCACAUACUCUUCUGUUUUCUGCCAAUGAAUUGCUUCUGUGUUUCUAAUGUAACACGUAUUGUAAGUAGCAAAAACCACAAGUUUGCAAUAAAAGUAUUUUUUGCUUAAUGCCAACCUAGAA